UGAAUAUUAUGGUCUGUCUUGUCCUCUAUGAACAAAAUGGCGUCUUUAGGUAGUCGUGGAGCACAGAGUCUGUCCUUAGGACAACGCGUUUUUACGGCUUUUAGAGAGUGGUAUGUCUACGCUUGUGGAUACAGACAGAUAGGUUUACACAAAGAAGAUCUUCUUAUAGAAGAUGAUCCUGAUGUUACUGAAGCUUUGAAGAGAAUACCAGAAGACUCCUUAAACAUGAGGAACUUCCGUAUCAAGAGAGCCAUUGAUGUCACCAUGAAACAAACAAUAUUGCCAGAGGAACUGUGGACAAAACCUAGCGAGGAUGUUCCAUUUCUGGACCCAAUAAUCCAGCAAGUUAAAGCAGAGCGCAAGGAACGAGAACUGUGGGACAAACAGUAGCCUCCAAGUCUAACUGGAAAUUCUGAGAUUAAGAAAACAAUUAACAUUCUUUCUUCAAGGAUACCUUCUGGGAUUCUACAUGUAAAUUAAGUUGACUUCAAAUCUGUUGUUUCAUCAAAUUGUUUGCUUUUAAUCAAAUAGAUUUAACUAUUUGAUUAGCGUGUGGCUGUAAGAUAAAUAAAGUGGUUUUUAUCAGAAA